AAGACAUAAAUAAAUAAAAACAUGUAUAUCAGCUAACUCAAAUGAGAUUAUGUGUGCGAGAAAAUCGGCUUGAAAUCUAUUUUAAAUCCUUUUGUCGUAGUGUUUCUGAAGCAACAUUUUACUUUGGAAACCGGAAACGUAUGUUUUCUUUGUCAGUUUGAAAGAGGUCUCGCGCAGCAGGUAUGUCCCUCCAACAGCACGGACACGAAAUGGGCUCCGCGGUGCGGUUGUGGCUGCUCGGCCUCCUCCUCUCCCUCCAGCUCAGCAGGGCUCCGGCCCACAGUCCCCGCACGGCGGACCAGGUGUCCGAGGCCGACAUCCAGCGGCUGCUGCACGGCGUCAUGGAGCAGCUGGGCAUCGCACGACCCAGGGUGGAAUAUCCCGCACAUCAGGCCACCAACAUCGUCGGGCCUCAGAGCAUCCAGGGUGGUGCUCACGAAGGCCUGCAGCACCUCGGCCCCUAUGGGAACAUCCCCAACAUUGUGGCUGAGUUGACGGGCGACAAUGUUCCCAAAGACUUUAGUGAUGACCACAGCUACCCCGACCCUCCAAACCCCUGUCCCCUGGGGAAGACAGCGGCAGACGGAUGUUUGGAAAAUGCUCCGGACACAGCUGAGUUCAGCAGAGAAUUUCAGAAACACCAGCACCUGUUUGACCCAGAGCAUGACUACCCUGCCCUGGCCAAGUGGAGCAAGGAGCUUUUGUACCAAAAACUGAAAGGAGGGCCAAAAAGAAGAAAAAGGAGUGUCAACCCAUAUUUAAUGGGCCAAAGGCUUGACAAUGUGGUUGCCAAGAAAUCGGUUCCUCACUUCUCUGAAGAGGAGGAUGAGAAGGAGGAGGAGGCACUGACUAGAUCUGCUGCCAGCAAAACCACAACCUAAACUCUUGCACCUGUAGGUUGCAAGUGAAAUAUACUACAGUAUACUCUCAGAUUAAAGAUUUUAACACUGCAUAUAUGGGCAUUUUGGUUUAACAAGCAAUGAAACUGACUUCAGUUCAAGUAGUAUAAAAUAGGAAAUGGUAAAUAGGAAAAAACUGUCCCCAUUGUGUAUUAUUGUAUUGCAAACAUAUGAAUUGGCCCAGGUCUGUCUUAAAACUGGUAAUCUUGUUUACCAUGUUUUUAUUUUAACAUAUAGGCAUUACAAUCCAGGAACUUGGUUCAUGGGCACAAAGUUUUAGGACUGUGGUGAAACAAUGGCACUCAGCUGUCAUCAUGAACAAGGAGCCAAGAGCGCCAGGUUUACUUAUCAUUGGGAUCUACACACUCAUGCACAAUACCAACUAGGAUUGCAUGUGCUUUCUGACCAACAGUUAAAACCCGCAAAAUGUUGAGUUUACUAUUGGAGAAAAAUGAGAAGCCUGCAAAUUGUCACAUUUGAGAAGCUGAUACCAUGAAAAAAAAGACAAUCUAUGAUCAGAAUUUACAGUUUACAGUUUGUUGUCGCUAGAUCAUCUAAUUGGCUGAUCAUUUCAGCUCUAAAGUACUGGAGUGUUUCUGUGUGUCUGGGGAAAUAAUGAGGUCAUGAGUAACUUUAAAGAUCAGAAAGCAAACUGCUGUCAUUGCAUUUCACUUUGAAAGAUUGUCUUAAAGAGAAAAUACAUCCCCAGUACAUGUCAAACUAUCUGAGCACUAAGGUUUACACUUUGAUGUGGGACAUACAGUAUCUGUAAAUAUCUGUUAACCAGUGGGUAUUGGAUUAGAAUCGACAAGGUCUAGAAUGUUUAUAGAGGGAAAGUGAUUCUUGGUUCACUUUUACACCAACUCCUUACUUUUUCUAGUUUUAAGGAGUAUGCAGUAGUCACAUUGCUUGAGAUUUAACCCAAAAACCAGGAUAUAUGAGGUUAAAUAUUUAACUGGCAGUGUACGGUAUAUCUACAACAAUAUGAACUUGUAUAAAGAGGUAUUGAUUGGGAGGAAUAAAACUUAUUCAUGACAUCACAUAGAUCUAUAUUCACCCUCAAUGUUUAAUUUUUGUAUAACUUAAUAUGAAGAGCUAAUCACCUCCGUCUUGAAGAAAAGAUUCAAUAGAGAAGCUAAUAAUAAAUAAUAAUUGCUUUGUCAUGUAAGGGAUGAUUGUGAUCUACUUCACUAUAUCAUGGUAAAUACUGUAGUUCUUUUGAUUAUCAUCUGUUCAUAUCACCAUGGUAUAUGCAGUAACACGAGUCUCCACAAGCAGCAGCAAAUUUGUCUGCCAAAAAUGUUUGUGUUCUGUUUUUGUUCAAAUAAAUGAUUUAUCUGCA